CAGAGGUCAGUCUGCAUUUCAUUUAGAUGUACAGAAAACAAUGUCUACGAAUUUUCAUCGAGAUAACCAAGUUGCUGUUGCCAAAAUAUCUUUAUUCAUUUCAAGCUGUGCUGUCGAAACGUUGUCACCUCUGACCUUCCUGGCUUAGCAUUUCACAAAUGGCGUCAGGAGUUGCAAGCCAGAUCAAGGAAGAAUUCCUUGUGUGCCAGAUCUGUUUUGAAGACUACGACAAGCCAAAGGUUCUCCCUUGUCAGCACACCUUCUGCCAAAAAUGUUUGAAAGAAAUGUUGGCCAAAAUGGGGAAGUUGACAUGCCCCAACUGUCGUCUCGAGUGUCAACUUCCCCAAAACGGUGUGGAGGGACUUCCAACUAGCUUUUUCGUCAACAAGUUGCGCGAUAUCAUUAAAGGUAGUGGCGGUGUUACCCGUGCUCGGACCAGUCCAUGUACGUGCGACGACAAGUCGACAACAACAUCUUGCUGCCUCGACUGUCGGAAGGAGCUAUGCGCGCCGUGUUCGGCCUCGCACCGCCGACCGACGGCAAACCGCCGCCAUCGAGUAGUCCCCAAGGACGACGCGUCUGGGGCGGCGGCUGGACACACCGCGCCUACUCCGGCAGGUGGACACUCCGGGCAGGGCACCAACGUAAGACAGGCUCCCGUACAAGUUCUCCUGUCGUCUGGGCGUCAUAGUGAAAUUGAAGACUUCUUUGUCCGUCUUUGCUCUACACGAUACAUCCAUCCGGACAGAGUACUGCCCAUACUUUCUUGGCUGAAGGAACAAGACAUCAUGACUGCUCAGGAUCUCCAUGACAACUGGGAUGACGUCAGAAACAUGGUGGACAUGACCAACGCCAUGAAACAACACAUCACGGAAGCUUUAGAGGAAUUUUCAAAAGCAGGACAUUGAAGUGAAGUGUUGCUUGUUUACGUUAUUGUUGUCCGUCGUGACCACGUAGCAAGAUUCGAAGCCUACUUCGAGUUUACGGGUAACAUGAAUACAUGUAUGUAACAGGAUCUCUUGCUUUCUGCUAUCUUUUUGAAUAGCAGAAAAAUCAUUCUACAUUGCUAUCUUCUUGAAUAUGUCUCACGUCACUUCUUGAUGCAAAUGUUUCGAUAAAACACAAUGAUGUCACAUUGCAUUCAAUGGUGGCUACAUGGAUUACUAUUGUAAAGGCCUUAUAAAUGUAACUUUAAUUUUGUGUAGUUUGGCUGUGAACUUAAAUUUUAAUGUCAACAGAAGCAUUAUGUUGCCCUAGAGAGAGUGAUCUAUGUACACACAUGGCCUUCGAAUGCAUAAUAGAUCAUUAAUUCUACAUUUAAGCGAACCACAAAUAAAGCCACGAGACAAAUGUGCGUAUAAGCAGUCAAUUUGACUUUGUGUCACUAGAAAUAAGUGGAUUGACUUGAAAUGUUUGCUUUUCAUAUGGUAGAGAGUAGAGACAAGACUAACACAGUCCUAUCAUUCCUCUAUCGACAGAGUAUUCUAAUCAAGUAAUCCCAAGCGCAGAUGUAGAAAGUUAACAAAUCUAAUCAAAAACAGGUGGGAAAGAUCAGGGGAAACAGGUGAGGCCUGUCACGUGUAUACAGGGCAUAUAUAAUCUGUACAGAAGAAAGGAAAUCCAUGCAGGCAGUCCAAGUGGAUGCCGAGCGCAGGAAAGCGAGAUGGAAGCAAGGACAUGAAGAGUACGGCCGAGAUCCAAACAGCAAAUGGGGAGGGCACUAUCGUUUUGCAAGAGUUCUUGGACGACAUUGACAAUGACUUCUGUCUCGUCGACACGCGAGGAUUCUUCCAACAUAACAUUGACGAGUUCACAGCGCUGGCCGACAUCGUCUAUGGUCGGAUCAGACCUGGCCAGGUGGUCAGAUUUGGAACACCAGACAACGAAGACACUGAAGAGUACUUCCCCAACUGGCUCCAUGCUAUCAUCAUAGUUCUGUCUGCGACAGACCCUCGUCUUCAAGACGGUAAAACUCACCGGAAACACUUAAAGAUUAUCCGUGACUUCUUGCGUCGAAGAGUGAUCACAGUCAUCACACAUCACGACAUGAUCGACAAAAGUCAAGAGGAAGACAUCUUGGCCAAAGCGUGUGCGGCAACCGGCAGCGCCCGUGAUCACACCUUUCUUGUCGCCAAGUACCACCUUGACAAGAAAGAAACAGAUUACAAUGCCGAAAUAAAAGCCAUGGACGUCAUGAAGUCGGCCCUAAAUGUUGCGGAACGCUACGUCAAGUUUCACAAGCUACAAGAACAAUGGGAAAGGGAGGAUGAAGCGAUAGGAGAUGACGUCUCGACUAUAGAUGGAAAAUACCAAUGCACCUGCAGGAGAGAAGAAAACUGAGCAUUCAAUGAAGAUAAUGCCUUGGUAGUAAGACAAACCAUUAGAUGAUUUCAGUUUUGCUAUCAAGAGAAGCAGAAACUUUGACAUGCAGAGCACCUCAAAAAGACACAGUAAGAAGCAUUCAGCGAGAGGAAGAAGCUGCUCACGUACCGCUUUGGUGACAGGCAUGGUUUGCGUAGCUUCAGGGACAUUGACAUAAGCGACAUACUGCUGAGUGAACGCGGCAUUCGGAAUGGCAUUAACUCCAGAACUCUUUUAUUUACAUUUAGUGAAAUAGGUCUUGGCGAUUGUUUGACUAUUGCCAUCACAUCGGGGCACUGUAUAUGCCUUCACUACUGGUUUAGAUAAGGAGAAUGCAAGGAGCUCCUGUGUAUUAACAGUACCUUUGUCAGCCGGAGAGGGCCUAUUUUGA